CGCAAAAAACUCUCGGUUUGAACGCUUUUCGUUGGUGUUUUCUCCCUUCCCCUCGCGUUGUUGGUGGCCAAUAAUAAUUGCCAAGCCAUCUGCGAUCCUUCGCUCGCUAGUUUGGCCAAGUCGAAUAGGUUCGCGCGCGGCGCGCUUUUAUUCUCAGUCCGUCUCUGAAUUGGAUAGCAACGUUACGUUUCUGUCGCGCGCUCUGUGAUUUCUGUGAUACACGAUUAUUUGAUUACUUUCGAGCCCUAAAGAAAAAUCGACAAAAUGGUUAAAAAGAGCGACAGUUCCGCUGCUUUACACAAGCCUUAUAAGGCCCAAUUAAUCGCCCAAAGAGACGAAAAAUCGGGCGGUGUAAACGUAGUCAUUAUGUCAAAUUAUAAAGCGGACAAAGUUGGAGAACCUGUUCAAGCAGCCUCCGCAAAUGGAUCAACUGUUCCUCUAUUUGACAACAGGAAGCAGGACCCGGAAGCUGGAGAUUAUGAUCCGUUCCAGCACAGGAAGGUGGAUCAUCCCACGUCAGACUGGGAUACCUUAAUCCACCUGCUCAAAGGCAGCCUGGGCAGCGGCAUCCUCGCCAUGCCGCUCGCCUUCGCCAACGCCGGCCUCUUCCUCGGUCUCAUCUGCACCUUCGCCAUCGGCGCCAUCUGCACCUACUGCGUCCACAUCUUAGUUAGAAGCGCGCACGAACUGAGCCGAAGAACGCGCGUCCCCAGCCUGGGGUUCGCCGAAGUGGCCGAAGUCGCCUUCUCGGAAGGCCCGGCCGCCUUCAAGCCGUGGGCCAAGUUCGCCAAGGCCAGCAUCAACAUGUUCCUCGUCAUCGACCUGCUCGGUUGUUGCUGCGUCUACGUCAUGUUCGUGGCCAAGAACUUGAAGCAAGUCGUCGACUACUAUACUAUUGUAGAACAGCAUUACGAUUUGAGGAUAUACAUGGCUGCUUUACUACCACUCCUCAUUCUCACUAACCUCAUCAAGAACCUGAAAUAUCUUUCGCCUCUGUCCAUGAUGGCUAACGUUCUAGUCGCGACAGGAAUGGGAAUCACUUUCUACUACAUCUUCUCUGAUCUGCCAAGCCUUGACUCGCAGCCGGCUUAUGAAAGUGUGACCAAGCUGCCUACUUUCUUCGGAAUGGCUAUCUUCGCGUUGGAAGGUAUCGGUGUAGUGAUGCCGUUGGAAAACAACAUGAAGAACCCUCAUCAUUUCAUCGGCUGCCCUGGAGUUCUUAACACCGGAAUGUUCUUUGUCGUUGUCCUUUACGCCUCGACAGGUUUCUUCGGUUUCUUGAAAUACGGAGAUGAAACUGAAGGCAGUGUUACGUUGAAUUUACCUCAAGAUGAAGUCCUGGCCCAAUCCGUAAAAAUCAUGAUCGCCGUCGCCAUCUUCUUCACCUACGCCCUCCAGUUCUACGUACCCAUGGAGAUCAUCUGGAAAGCGGUCAAGAACAACUUCAGCGCCAACAAACAGACCCUGGCCAACAACACCAUCCGGAUCUGCCUCGUCAUCCUCACCGUCAUCCUGGCCAUCCUCAUCCCCAACCUGGGCGCCUUCAUCUCCCUGGUCGGUGCCGUGUGCUUAUCGAUGCUGGGACUCAUCUUCCCAGCAGCCAUUGAUCUGAUCACGUUCUACGAGAACCCGGGCCUAGGCAGGUUUAACUGGAGGCUGUACAAGAACCUGUUCCUCAUCCUGUUCGGCUUGGUAGGGUUCGUGACCGGCACCUACGUCAGCAUCAUCGAGAUCAUCGAUUCGUACUGAGGGAGGACCCUGUAUAGGAGCGCUAUUCGGGGUUGAAAUCGCGGGGAGUCGUGGAGAUUCGGUAGAAGCGGGGCAGCUUCGGGGUUUUCGUUGGAUAAGUUCUUUUUCCAUCCAAAUCGUUAGGAAGUGACGAUUUGACGACUCCUCGCACGUUUAGGAGAGAUCGGACGGAUUUGAUAUUAAAGCAAAAAGUACCGGUGUACAGGGUGGCCCAAUUAUGGUCGUCGAAUAGUCAAUAUCAAGAUUUCUGUUUGAAAAAUCAAGAUUUUUUAUAAAAUUAAUUUUAAUUUAAGGGUGUCCGGUGCCGUAGAAGUACAGUACUCUCGUCUACCAAUCUAAAGGUUGUGAGUUUGAAUCCUACAGGCGGCAUUUAAUCAGCCGACUAUUUUUAAUAAAAUAAAAACAGUUUGGGUACCUAGAUCAACUCCUUAAGUAAGCCUUAAAUGAGUACUUGGGAUUAACUAUAGUAAUAUAGAUAUAACUAUAGUAAUAAUAGACGGUUGAAGCGUAGUAUUAGCCACAUUACCUUCCUUGUAUACCGAACGGCUCUAGCAUGGCAAGCUGUACCUUGCUACUCCCAAGGCGUUAAACUCU